AUGAGAGUGUCUACCUCAUCCAAGAGCUUAGGCUCCAAUCCGAGAAACAGCGUGAAAGUUUGGAUUCAAACGCUGCUCUUAUUAACUGGCCUAUUAAGCUUAUUCCGCAAGCAAUUGUUGCAAUGCCUCACUUCCAAUUCAGCAGUUGUCUUCAGCGAAUCAAAAAAGAAGAAUGUGAUCUUCUUUGUGACCGAUGGUAUGGGCCCAGCUUCCUUAUCAUUGGCAAGAUCUUUCAGACAGUACACGGAAAAUCUGCCUAUUGAUGAUACUUUGACGUUGGACAAGAAUUUUAUUGGUUCUUCCCGCACCAGAUCUUCCAGCUCGCUGAUCACCGACUCGGCUGCUGGUGCGACCGCCUUUUCAUGUGCGUUGAAGUCGUACAAUGGUGCCAUUGGAGUAGAUCCCGAUAAGAAUCCUUGUGGUACCAUACUGGAAGGUGCCAAACUAGAAGGUUAUUUGACCGGUCUUGUGGUUACCACGAGAAUAACGGAUGCAACCCCAGCAGCAUUCAGUGCUCAUGCGGAUUACCGCUUCCAGGAAGACCUUAUUGCACUGCACCAGUUGGGAAAAUAUCCCCUGGGGCGCACAGUCGACUUGUUGAUCGGUGGCGGUCGUACACAUUUCUACCCGCCGCAUGCCGACAAGAAGUACGGCUCUCACGGUUCGCGUGAAGAUGGCAGGAAUCUGAUCCAAGAGGCACAGGAGGACGGUUGGCAGUACGUUGGAUCUCGUCAAGAGUUUGAUCAAUUGCAGGGAGGUAACAAUGUUUCUUUGCCACUUCUGGCUCUCUUGGCGGAUUAUGAUAUUCCAUUCGAUAUCGAUAGGAAGGAUGACGAAUAUCCAUCUCUUGCGGAAGAAGCGAUGACCGCCAUCAAUGCAUUGACAAUUGCUUCGCAAGACUCUGACAAAGGGUUCUUCCUGAUGAUCGAAGGAUCAAGAAUCGAUCAUGCAGGUCACUUGAAUGAUCCAGCUGCCCAAGCAAGAGAGGUGUUGGCUUUUGACAGAGCUUUCAAAGCUGUGAAGGAAUACGUGGAAAAAUCUGACAUUGACACUAUCCUUAUCUCGACAUCAGACCAUGAAACUGGCGGACUAGCCGUUGGGAGGCAAGUCACAACCCAAUACCCCGAGUAUAUUUGGUUUCCAAGAAUUUUAGACCGAGCACAACAUUCAGGUGAGUAUCUCACUAAGAAACUUCUUGCUUUUAGGGAUCAAGGCGAGGGUUGCGAGCGCUCGUUCAUCAAGCAUGAGCUAUUCGAGAAAGGCCUAGCCAUCAAAGAGUACACGGAGGACGAUGUGGAUGCGGUUGUGUCAACCGAUGAUCCUGGAAGAAUUCAAGACAAGUUGAAUGACAUGGUCUCAGUUAGGGCAGAAAUAGGUUGGUCGACACAUGGCCACACUGCAGUUGACGUUAAUAUCUAUGCGUACGCUAAUAGGAAGGACACCUGGGACACUCUGCUAGAUAAGCUACAAGGCAACCACGAAAAUAUUGAGAUUGGUCAGUUUAUGGCUGAUCAUCUAGGUUUGAAUUUAGCUGAGGUAACAGAAAAAGUUCGCGAUACAAAGCAUUCACCUGAACCCGCUGAAGCAAGCACAGCGACCGCUCAAGGCUUCGACGAAUACUAUCACCGCAUCAGCCCAUGA